AUGUUAUUCAAGAAUCUUUCCCAACUUUCAGCAGUCUCUGGUCAUUCCAUCCAAAACUCAUCAAUCCAAGGAUCAAACCAUUCCAAUGUUUCAACAACAGUUGGUGAAUCAAUGAUUGCUCGUAGAGGUUGUUGUGGUGGUCGUCGUAACCGUGGUAAUAAUAUUGAUAUCGAUAUUGAUAUUGAUAUUAAUAUUGGUGGUAAUGAUUGUUGUUAA